AAAAUAUUCACCCAUACAAAUUAGCUUAGAAAGCUUUCUCAUAACCCUGACAACAAUGGAACUUCCCUUAAACCAUUCAGCAGCUAAUAAAACCAGUGUAAAGAGCAACAACUCUGCAUAUUUCUACUUUGAGUCCUGUCGACCUUCUUCUCUAGCCUUGUUCCUACUACUCACAGCCUACACUGCAGUCUUCCUCAUGGGCCUUUUCGGGAACCUCUCUCUCAUCACUGUCAUCUUUAAGAAGCACAGAGAAGCUCAGAAUGUCACCAACAUACUGAUUGCCAAUCUCUCUCUCUCUGACAUCUUGGUAUGUGUCAUGUGCAUCCCUUUUACUGUCAUCUACACUCUGAUGGACCACUGGAUAUUUGGGGAUACCAUGUGCAAACUCACCUCCUAUGUUCAGAGUGUCUCCAUUUCCGUGUCCAUAUUCUCACUUGUGUUAAUUGCUGUUGAAAGAUAUCAGCUGAUUGUGAACCCCCGUGGCUGGAAACCCAAUGUAUCGCAUGCAUACUGGGGUAUCACAUUAAUUUGGCUAUUUUCCCUUAUGUUGUCUAUUCCCUUCUUCCUGUCCUACCACCUAACUAAGGAGCCUUUCCACAACCUCUCUCUUCCUACUGACCUCUACACCCACAGGGUAGCCUGUAUAGAGAGCUGGCCCUCCAAAAUGAACCAACUCCUCUUCACCACCUUCCUGUUUAUGCUCCAAUACUGUGUCCCUCUGAGCUUCAUCCUCAUCUGCUACCUGAAGAUUGUUAUCUGCCUCCGUAGGAGAAAUGGAAAGGUGGACAGGAAGAGAGAAAAUGAGAGCCGGCUCAGUGAGAACAAGAGGAUCAAUACAAUAUUGAUCUCCAUUGUGGUGACCUUUGGGGCCUGCUGGUUGCCCUUGAACAUCUUCAAUGUCAUCUUUGAUUGGUAUCAUGAGGUGCUAAUGAGCUGUCAGCAUGACCUGGUAUUUGUAGUUUGCCAUUUGGUUGCUAUGGUUUCUACAUGUAUAAACCCUCUCUUUUAUGGUUUUCUCAACAAAAAUUUUCAGAAAGAUCUGGUGGUAUACAUUCACCAUUGCUGGUGCUUUACACCUCGGGAAAUAUAUGAAAAUAUUGCCAUCUCCACUAUGCACACAGAUGAGUCUAAGGGAUCAUUAAGAUUGGCUCCUACAUCAACAGGUAUAUAA